ACAGAAGUAACUCUAGAAGAUUGUCGAGAAGGGGACAAAUACAUGCCAAUCAGAGAAGUAGCCAGAGAUAUUCUGAAAUUAGAUUACGAUAGAGGGGUAAAUUGCACAAAUAAAAUGAUAUAUCGAUAUCACAUACCCUUUCUGGACAUUGGAAAUGGAUUGUCUGUCCGUUGUCAUGGCAGGGAUAAUCUUUACAGUGAAAAUGUUUCAACAUCUUGUGAAUCUAUAAAUGUCACAAUGGCCCGUGCAACUUUGGAUCCAAAAGUUCGCUAUGGAAAAUUCAACUCUACAGCUAGUUUUGAAUGCAGAAUUCCUCUGCUCGAGUCCUAUUUUUCUGCAUUCCAGUUUUUCAACGAUUCGUCGUAUCCACUUCUGUCAAUUAAUUCUGACAAUAACUACACCAUUCUACCACAGGAUGAUCGUAUUUCUGCAGUAUAUACUAGCAAUCAGUUUGAUGAAUACAGAACAGUGAAUUUCACCUUUGAUCUGAGACCUGGAGAUGACAUUUGCAACAUAGGUGGUGUUUAUCUCUGUAAAGUAAAGAGCUUUAACGAAAGUCUUCUUUUUCCUGAAGAUGACGAAAGUCAAUUGGUUAUAGCAGCUCCUCCUUCAAAUAUAGUCAUCGCAAUUAAGGACAAUUAUUCUAAAGGUGCAAUAAAUGAGACCAUCAACUGCACAGCGAUUUUAAACCCUGAUACAACAAUAUUAGCACUUGUGAAACUAUCUGAUGAAAGUUAUGCGAUGGUUCCAAAAAAUAUCACAAAAACUUCCAUUGAACCUGCAAGGACUGAGGACUGUCGACAUCUGGUUCGGGUGACGGUAACUACUACAUUUGACCAAUUUAAUGCAUCUACAGUGGCCUGCUUAGCAAAGGACAACGUAUUUGGUGAAUAUUUUUCUGCCAAUAAAACAAUAACUAUUGUUUAGAAGAAUGAUAUGGGUAUCAUCUUGUGAGACUAAAGAAAUCCAUGUGAUAAUUAGUUUGAUUUUUUUUUUGUUGCUCUAGAUGCGUAUGUAUGCAAUAUGUAGUAGCAUAAUUGCCCAACACAUUGUUUUCUU